AGUGGUACAGAAUCGAGAUCUCAAAACCAUAUCACACACUCAGUUGAGUUUGGUACACAGAGCGGAAUCGUUCGGCUGUAACAAAGGGUGGUAUAAUAAUAAUCGGUUAACGGUUAAACGCACGUCAUAUUCCAGUGAAAAUUAAUCUACGCGUCUUAAUGUAUCUUUCUCGUUACGAUAUUGCGUCUCCAGAGGUGGAAUCUUACGCGAUAAAUCGACCGAUUUGCAGAUCUUGUUAACGAUUCCCGCCUCCAAGCAAACACAAGUGACGCUCUGAGGUCUGUUGAACGAUACUUUAUUUAUCCUCUUGUUCGAAAAAAAUUUCCGCAGCCGAAGUCAGUCGUUGGAAAGGAGCGAGACGCGGAAGAUAUCGCUCGUUCGCUUCAGGAGUCGCAGUGUGAAUUCGAAGUCGAUCAUCCAUCAUGAACCUGUCGUUGGUAAUUAUCGGCAUUUGCUGCAUUCUCUUGACCCCUGAUCUGAUCACCGUAUCGCAUCAACGUGGAGGAGGUGGAGGUCAUGGCGGUGGUCACGCCGGUGGUCAUGGCUUUGGUCAUGGCGGUGGUCACGGUGGUCGCCAUGGCUUUGGUGGUCAUGGUGGUCGCGGUCGAGGAGGAGGUUUCCGCAGGGGUGGCGGAUUCGGAGGACUAGGAUAUGGAUAUGGUUUUGGAUACCCACGUUACUGUUAUCCCUAUUGUUUCUUCUUCUAAACGGACCUCGCAUAUCUUCCGCACGCAUUUAACGAUAAACUAUUCAACCAAUAUCGGAAUGCAAUUCUCCACCUUGACGUCGAUUUUAACAUAUCUAUAUGUACUUUUUAUUAUAUAUAU